UGUUGACGUUCUGGUUGUGGGGAAAGAUGGCGGCGCGCUGGAGCAGUGAGAAUGUGGUGGUGGAGUUUAGAGAUGCACAGGCUACUGCCAUGUCAGUGGACUGUCUCGGCAUGCACGCCGUUCUCUCUGGGAGACGAUUUUUAUAUGUUGUCAAUCUGGAGACGCCGUCUGAAGCUCCACGCAAAAUCAGCCGCCAGAGCAAAUGGGAUGUUGGGACGGUCCAGUGGAAUCCACACAGAACCGAGGCGCAUUUAUUUGCUGCAUCUAGUAACCAGCGUGUCGAUCUGUAUGCAUGGCGUAAUGGAUUUGGCGAGCCACACACGUCUUUGCAAGGCCACACACGUGUUAUAAGUGAUUUGGACUGGUCCUGGUUUGAUCCAGAAUUGCUUGUCACUAGUUCUGUGGACACAUACAUUUACAUAUGGGACACAAGGGACACACGGAAACCGACUGCGGCGUUGUCUGCUGUGGCCGGAGCCUCUCAGGUUAAAUGGAACAAACGGAAUCACUACUGUUUGGCCUCCAGUCAUGAUGGAGAUGUCAGAAUCUGGGAUAAGAGGAAACCCAACACUGCAGUAGAGUAUGUAGCAGCCCACCUAUCAAAGAUCCAUGGUUUGGAUUGGCACCCCGAUAAUGAAUACAUCCUGGCCACUUCUAGCCAAGACAACUCUGUUCGGUUUUGGGAUUACAGACAACCUCGGAAGUACCUCGAUAUCUUGCCGUGUCAGGUGCCUGUUUGGAAGGCCAGAUACACGCCCUUCUCUAAUGGGCUGGUUACAGUGAUGGUUCCUCAGCUCCGCCGAGAGAACAGUCUUCUCCUGUGGAGCACGCUGGAGCUCAACAGCCCCGUUCACGCUUUUGUGGGACAUGAUGACGUCGUGCUGGAGUUUCAGUGGAGACCGCAGAAGGAAGGUUCCAAAGACUGCCAGCUGGUCACAUGGUCCAGAGAUCAGAGCCUGAGGAUAUGGAGAGUAGACCCUCAACUCCAAAAGCUGUGUUGUGCGAAUGACAUCGUGGGUGAGUUGAUGGAGGGCUUGACCCUCACUGCAGACACAGAGAAGACGCUGCGAGCGCAAGACUCUGAACCUCCACUCAGUCCUGGACUGACAGAGAAUUCACAAGAUCAGUUUGAAGGCCCGGGGUCCGGCCUGACGUCAGGUGGUAGGAAUGAUGUUUCGGGUUUGCCUCAGACGCUCCAGCAGGAGUUUUCUCUGGUCAACCUGCAGAUUCGCAACGUCAACGUGGAGAUGGAUGCCGUUAACGGCAGUUGCUUCGUGUCAGCCGACUGUGGAGCCAACCGGGUCCGUCUCGUCGUGAAGUUUCCCGCCCAGUAUCCCAACAACGCAGCUCCGUCUUUCCAGUUUGUCCCGCCAACAAACAUCUCAUCGUCCAUGAAGAGCAAAAUACAGAAGAUCUUGACUGAUACAUCGCUUCAGAAGGUGAAGAGAAACCAGAACUGUUUGGAGCCGUGUGUUAGACAGCUGGUGUCUUGUUUGGAGUCAGAUAUGGAGGACGGUACAAACCCCUAUGGGCUUACCAAUCCGGUGACACCUGCCCUUCCCACUUUUCCCCGAGUGACCAACACAUACGGCUCGUACCAGGACGCCAACAUCCCGUUUCCUCGCACCUCAGGGGCUCGCUUCUGCGGGACAGGUUCCUUGGUAUAUUUCACACGGCCCAUGACUAUGCAUCGUACAGUCCCUACGACUGAACCCACUCCCAGGUCGCUGUCGGCUCUCUCCGCGUAUCACAGCGGGGUGUUGACGCCCAUGAAAAUGCGAACAGAGUCUCAGUCCACGCUGAGGCUGUACAGCGGGAGUCCAACACGCACAGACAAAGAUCAAGUCUCCAUCUCAUCCUUUUACUACAAAGAGCGAAAGUCACGCCGGUGGAAAGGCAAGCGAGAGGGAUCUGACUACAGCAACAGACCCAUCAAACUGGCUGGUAAAGUCAUCAUUCAGGAAAUCUCCUGUCUGCUUCCUGUGCACAAAGCCCUCGGGGAGACAUACGUGCUAAAUGUUAAUGACAUACAGGACACUUGUAAGAAGAACGGAGCAGCGGCAUUAGCUGUGGGCCGCAGGGAUUUAGCAAAGGUAUGGGCUCUUGCCUCGGCUGCCACGAAUCUUGACCUCAAUCCUGACCCUGACCCUGAUGCUGGGACACCCUGGGCCAAACAUCCUUUCGGGCGACACCUGUUGGAGACAUUGCUCGAGCACUAUAGUCAAAUGAGUGACGUUCAGAGUCUGGCCAUGUUGUGUAGCGUGUUCAGAGGUCACACCAGUCCUCAGGAAUACUUCACUCUGUACGGACAUCAGCAGGCGCGACCGGUCAUCUUCACAUCUCAUCACUCUCGAUAUCCCAGCGUCACCUCCUGUUCUCUAACAUCCGGAUCAUGUUCUAGUACCUCAGAUUCUACAGCAACUCCUUGGAAUAUGGUUUCAGGUGGUCGUGAGUCUGAACAUGCGCCGCCCUGGGGAGAAUCCUCUCCGGAUGACUAUCGCUAUGCAAACCAGAUUUACACUGACCCACGAGAGCGAGAGAAAGAGCAGCACGAUAUGAACAAAAGGUUACUGGAUCCUUCCAAUGCCUUCCAGUUUGACGACUUUAAGAAAUGUUACGGUGAGAUCCUGCACCGCUGGGGUUUGAAGGAAAAGAGGGCAGAGGUUCUCAAAUUUGUUUCUUGCCCUCCAGAGCCCCACAAAGGCAUAGAGUUUGGCGUUUACUGCUGCCACUGUCGCAGUCAGGCCCGAGGCACCCAGUGUGCCGUCUGCAAGCGUUUCACCUUCCAGUGUGCCAUCUGUCACGUGGCUGUACGAGGCUCCUCUAACUUCUGCCUGAGCUGUGGCCACGGAGGACACACCAGUCACAUGAUGGACUGGUUCCGCUCUCAAGACGUCUGCCCCACUGGCUGCGGCUGUCACUGCCUUCUGCAAAGCACUUUCUAAAACUUUCUGAAAAACCCUGGUGACUUAGAGGAAUAGUUCGCACACACACAAAAAGGAAAAUCCUGUCGUCAUGUACUCGCCCCAACUUUUUGUAUGACUUUCUCACUUCUGUGGAACACAAUACAGAACGAUUUAGAGAUUGUAACGGUUGUAAUUAGUCCCAAUGGGGACUGAGGUUUUUGAAGCUUAAAGCGAUAGUUCAACCAAAAAUAAACUUGCUGCCAUCGUUUAUUCACACUCAUGUUGUUCAAAACCUGUAUAUGAUUCUGCUGUGGAACACAAAAGAAGAUAUUUUGAGAAAUGUCUCGGUGGUUUUGUGUCCAUACUAUUGGAAGUCAGUGUUGUUUGGCUGCCAGCAUUCUUCAAAAUAUCUUAUUUUGUGUUCUGCAGAAGAAAGAAACUCAUACAGGUUUGAAAUGACAUGAGGGAGUAAUACAGUAAGUAAAUGAUGGAAUUUAAAGAAAAAGAGAAAACAAAUGUUAGUUUUGCUAAACUAUCCCUUUAAAGAUGGAUAUAAAAUCAACAACAAAAAAUAAUAAUAUUAAAAGUAAUACAAAAUAAGUUUUGAAAUAUAAUUUUUUUCAGUGACAAUGACAGAAUUUUAAUUUUUGGUGAGCUGUUUCUUUAAGAGAGCAGGUUUUGAUUCGUCAAGAUAUGCCUCAAAACUCUUGUUUGUACUGUAACGACUCCUCUGCAUGAAGUCAUUAAGAGAAACCAAUCCAUCUCGGUCGGAUAGACUAACAACUGACUGUUCAAGUGUUCAAUUAUGUUCUAUGCAGGAGCCUCAAACAUUAAUCUUACAAUAGGUCAAACCAGCCUAGUUAGUGAAUUCAGAUGUUAAGUAGUGCUGUUUUUUUUGCAAAUUUCUACCUGUUUAAAUGAGUAGAUGAUAUAUUUGCUCUACAAGGUGCCAACAAAGUUCAUCUGUGAAUCAUUUGUUAAAAGGGAAGAGACAUCAGAGCUAGUUGCUGAUUUUUUUUGGGGGGGGGAGGUUCUACAACAUGUUUAUUUUCAGAUGUUCUGAAUGAUUUUUUCAGUUAAAACGACUAUUUAUAAAGUGUGUUUCUUGUCCCGCAGAGGAGAAAACUCUUAUGGAUGAACCAGCAUGUACAGUGUGCCACAAGAAACACAUCUGAUAGGACCGUGACCAGUAUAUGCCAAUUGAUUUGUUUGGAUGGAUUUGAUUUGAUUUGUAAUGCUGCAGGAAAUCUUCCUGCUAUUUGUUUGUUGAAUGUUCUAAUAACAAUGUAAAUUAAACAUGUUGAUUCUCAUUACUACCUCGUAAAUCAAAAGGCAAAAUUCAUGUUUUUUUAACUUGAUAAUAGCAAAUAAAGCUAUUAAGAAUGUCACAUACUGGUUUAACUUGAUUCUCAAUAGGGAAAUCAAAAGCAAAAUGUCUUUAUUAAAUAAUGUU